AUGGAGGUCAACGGUCAGGGUACCCGGCGUCGUAUGGGCCCUCCGCAACCGGCCAUGCCGCAGGGCGGAGGUGGCGCCGGGGUAGGAAGCCCGCAGAACGUGGGGCCGGCACCAGGCCAGGCCAUUUUGGACGUCGUAGCGCUGGCGGAGGGAAGCCCAGGCAGCCCCGCGCAACGACAGAACACAGGCGCCCAGCGGCGUCAGAUUAAGCGGACAAUCCUUCAGCAUGCUGAUGCAGAGAUUGACAUAGCUCCCACGACACAGCCCCCCAACACAGUAGAGGCAAAGAAGGCCAGGAAGCACUACCAACAGCCGACGAUGCCGAUCAUAAAACCCGACGCGGACGUGUUCGCCUCACUGAACGAGCCAUUUCCCGCAGAACUCGAGAACCUCAUGCGUGUGACUCUCGCUGCACUCGCGAAUUUCAAUGAGGACGAGCGGAUGCUGCUUACAAAGCAGUUCCGAAAGGAGGAGCAGAAAGCCCGCCUCCGUGGCGAGUACGCACCUCCUGGGCUGCUCAACGUAGCGCAGUUUCGGCAUGCCUGGAAAAAGUUCAGCGUUCGUGUCACGGAGGAGCAGGCACAUGCCCUGUUCAUCAAGUAUGGCUCCGAUUCGCAGGGCCUGCUGCCGUACGACCUCUUUGCUGCCAAGCUGCUCAGCAGCCCCGCCAGGUUGCUGGCGCUAGAGCCUGAGCAGAAGGGACCCUACAAGCCAGGCAAGAAUGCCGCCUUCCGAGGAAAGAUCACGUAUCGCUAUUGCCGCAAGCCCGUGUUCCCGCCCUCGAACUGGGACGGCACGCCGGCCUUGCGCUCUGCACGCAAGCCCAAGCCGGGACUGAAGCUAGAGUUCGUGUACGGCUAUGCUGGCGUGGAAAACACGGCAUCCAACAUUUUCUUUACCGGUGACGGCAGGCUCGUGUACUACACAGCGGCGGUUGGCGUCAUCUACGACCCAACAACGCACACGCAGCGUUUUUUCCAUGUGGCGUCUUCGCUGGACGGUAGCUAUGAUGACCCCUUCGUGUGCAUCUGGGACGUGCGCGAUCCGUUGGGCUUGAUAUGCCGCAUACCAUUCAAGUCUGACGGUGCCCCUAUGAGGUACGUGGUGGCGCUCGCUUUCUCCGGCAACGGGCAGUACUUGGUGGCUGUGACGGGCGACAACCGCCACACAGUCCACGUGUUGCACUGGAAGUCCAAGGCCAUUAUCCACGCGGAUGUGGGACACAAUGGCCAGCCACCGCAGGUCUUCGGGGUGUGCUGGAAUAACUUCCUGAAGGACCGUGACGGCCAGGGGCGUGAAGUGACGCCGCCGUACAUGUUCGUCACGUACGGCGUCAAGCAUUUGAAGUUUUGGACGCAGGAGUACGAUGAGCGUGCGAAGAAGGAGCGGUAUAAGGGUACCAUGGGCAAGUUCGGACGGGCUCAGGUGCAGGACGUACUCAGUGCUAUGUUCGUGUCCGCAAAGACCCUCGUCACGGGCACUCCGUCUGGAGAGCUGCUCAUGUGGGACGUCAGCGGCUCGCGCUCACCCAGCGGCCAGUUCGGCUGCUGCAUCAAGGUGAUUGAGGCGCAUGGCCCCGGCGUGCCCGCACCCAGCCUACACGACGGCAAGCCGGUGCUUCAGGGCGUCCGCUGCAUGGCGGUGCGGGCCAACCGCACGGAGUUGGUCACGGGGGGCGCGGACGGCGCCAUCAUAUGCUGGGACAUCACAAGCGGGGACGUGGGUCGGGUGAUCAAGACUAUACAGCUGCACGAGCCGGGCGAGAAGGACAGGGCGGUGUUCAGGUCUCUGGACGCCGUGGAGAACGGUUACGACAUGGUCGCUGGCACCCACAGGUGCGAGAUAUGGGAGCUCAGCCGUGACGCCCCCGAACCCCUCACACAGGGCCACUCCGCUGACGUAUAUGGCCUGGCUUUUCAUCCCAAGAAGCCCCAUAAGUUCGCAACUGCCUGCGACAGCAUGAACGUCUUCAUGUGGAAUGCCAAGCGCCGACAGCUCCUGGCCAAAGUAAACAUUGGGGUCGAAGCUCGGUCGGUGGCAUUCAGCCCAAAUGGCGCUCAGCUGGCCGUUGGCACCGUCACCGGUAUGGUCAAGGUGCUUCUGGUGGAGAAUCUGACUCAAAAGGUGGCGGAGGUGCACACCCUUAAGGAGAUGGUGCACGAGCUCAAGUACUCCCCGGACGGCACCAAACUCGCCGCCGGAAGCCAUGACAAUUUCAUCGACAUCUACGAUGUCACCCGUCACUAUGGCCGUCUGGCGCGCUGCGCGGGCCACAGUUCCUACAUUACCCAUCUAGACUGGUCGGUUGACGGCCGCGUCAUCCAGUCCACCUGCGGCGCCUACGAACUGCUGUACUUUGAGGCGGCGACCGGGAAGCAGGUCCGUCAGAACCAGCGCGAUACGCAGUGGCACACGUGGACCUGCACGCUGGGGUUCCCGGUCAUGGGCAUCUGGAGGGAUGACACGGAUGGUACAGACAUCAACGCGGCCUGCAGGUCCAACACCGGCAUCUUUCCGGACACGGACCCCAUCAUUGGCGAGGGCGACAUCAUAGCAACGGCAGGCGACGAUGGUCGUGUGCGCCUUUUCAACUAUCCUUGCGUAGUGGAGGAUGCGCCGUGCAGGACGUACCUAGGCCACUGCUCGCACGUCAUGAACGUGCUGUUCAGCCCUGACAACCGCUGGGUGGUGUCCGUGGGCGGCAAGGACCGCGCCGGCAUGCAGUGGCGCGUGUUGCGCGAGGCCCAGGAUGAGGUUUUGGUCCUUAAGCCGCCCGUGCCUGAGGUCUACGUGUACGAGGCACCUAAGCGCGCGCUGGUGGACGUGGAGCCUGGCCCACCGCCCAAGGACACCAGAGAUGAGGACGCGGCCAGGAAGAAGGCCGAGGAGGAUGAACGCGAGCGGAAACGCCGCGAGAGCCUGCAGACGUACGAGAUCACCACCGUCACAUCGGACAUCAAGGGUGCGGGCACAGACGCCAACGUGUUCAUGGUGCUGUACGGCAACAAGAAUACCAGCGGCGAGGUCAAGCUGGAGAACGGUCCGGAGAAUUUCUCUCGCAACCGCACGGACGUCUUCCUGGUGGACCUGCUGCCCCUGGGAGAUGUGCACCAGCUGCGUGUGGGUCACGACGCCAAGGGAAAUAAUCCGCGCUGGCACCUGGACCGGGUUAUUCUCCGGAAUAAGACGCUUAAUGGCGCUCCGCUCGUGUUCCCUUGCGGCCAGUGGUUUGCCACGGACAUCGGAGACAAGAAGAUUGUACGGCUGCUGAAGCUGACGGGCGCCGUCGGGGACGGCGAGCCGAAGCUGCUCAGAUACAAGGUGGUGGUGAAGACCAGCGACAUUAAGGGUGCCGGUACUGAUGCCAACGUGACGCUGCAGCUGUUCGGUGAGCUCAACGGCAAGAAGUACCAGAGUCCUCAGAUGAAGCUGGAGAACAGUGCCAACAACUUCGAGCGGGGACAGACGGAUGUGUUCGAGGUGGAGGCGGCGGUGGGAGAGAUCAAGUACAUCCGCAUUGGUCAUGACAACAGCGGCUUCGGGCCGAGCUGGCACCUGCAGGAGGUGGUGCUGUCCACCCCUAGCAUGCCCGACAUGCAGUUCGUGGCCAACAGGUGGCUGUCUGAGGACGAGGGAGACCGCCAAACGUAUGUCACCCUGUACCCCGUGGGCGCCAAGGACGUCCCCUUGCCUCACAAGUACCAAAUAACGGUGUUCACAUCCGAUUUGCGUGGAGCCGGUACGGAUGCUAACGUGGACAUCUCUCUCUUUGGCUCCAAUGCAACCGUCUCGAACAUCAAACUGGAGAACUCGAAGAACAACUUCGAAAGGAACGCCGAGGAUGUGUUCUUUUUUGAGUUCCCGGACUUGGGCUCCAUCCCAGAGAUCGAGAUAGGCCACGACAACUCGGGCCUUAUGCCGGGCUGGCACUGCGCCAAGGUCAUCAUCGAGGACCAAACCGCCAAAACGCGCUAUGCUUACCCGUGCGACAGCUUGUGGCAGCUGACGGUGCCCAUCGGUGGUGUUAUGUUGGACCUGGUGUUAAUGUUUGGCAGGUGGUUUGACAAGGGCGAGGAGGACGGCCUGAUACGGAGGCGGCUGAAGGUGGCGGAGGUGGGCGGGGAGAACACGGAUUACACGGUCACAGUCGUCACGUCCGAUCUGCGUGGCGCGGGCACCGACGCGAACGUCUACCUGGAGAUUACUGGGGAGAACGGCGGCAAGGAGAUCACCGGCAAACGCAUCACCCUCGACAACAGCACCAACAACUUUGAGCGGGCUGCCGUGGACAAAUUCAUGCUGAAGAAGUAUCGCAACUGCGGCAACCUGACGAAGAUCCGGAUCGGCCACGACAAUGCGGGCAUGGCACCUGGCUGGCACCUGGAUUACGUGGAGAUACUAGAUGACGCCACGGGCAUGAGCUACUUCUUUCCGUGCGGCAAGUGGUUUGACAAGAAGGAGGGUGACCAGGCCAUCGAGCGCGUUCUGCCGGUGGCACCCAGGGACGCCAAGGCCACAAAGGCGCAGUACAAAAUCACGGUGUAUACCUCGGACAUCAAGUUCGGGGGCACUGAUGCAAACGUGUUCAUCGAGGUCCACGGGGAAAUGGAUGGCCAGCCGGCCGCGACCGGUCGUGUGGCGCUCAACAACUCGAAAAACAACUUCGAGCGAGCCGCAGUGGACGUCUUCAGCUUUCCCAGCCUGCCCAACGUGGGCGUCAUCAAGCGCAUACUGAUCGGCCACGACAAUUCCGGAAUGGGGGCGGCGUGGCACCUGAACAAGGUGGACGUGCUGCUAGUCAACACGGGCCAGCAGUGCUCCUUCUACUACAACAACUGGCUGUCACGCGAUGACCCGCCGUACAAGACGGAGGUGGAGCUGUUCCCGUCGGACGGCACCGAGCAGCAGCUCUGCAGGUACACCAUCAUUACCUUCACUUCCGACAUCCGCGGUGCGGGCACCGACGCGAACGUGAGCUGCAUGCUGAUGGGCGAGAAGGCCAACACGCCCACGUUCGUGCUGGAGAACUCCCGUAAUAACUUCGAGAAGGGUGCGCGUGACGAGUUCAUCACGGAGAGCGUGGACGUGGGGGCGAUUAAGAAGCUUCAGAUCGGCCACGACAACAAGGGCCUGGGGCCAGCCUGGCACCUAGACCACGUGGAGGUCAUUUACCAGGCGCGGCAAGAGACGUACUACUUCCUCGCCGAUCAGUGGCUUGAUGCCAAGCUGAAUACCCUCACAAUCACUCUUGAGCCCACAGAUGCCACCAGCGGCAAGCAGGUGUAUAAAGUAUCUGUGCGUACCAGCGACAAGCGGGGGGCCGGCACAGACUCGGAUGUCUCCAUCAUCCUCAUGGGCGCUACCAAGAACAGCCCAGAGCUAAAGCUCGAGUCCUCGGCAAACAACUUCGAACGCAACCAGACCGAUGACUUUACGUUGAACCUGGGGCACGUGGAGCUAGGGGAGAUACAGAAGAUUGAAAUCGGCUUCGCGACGCAGCAGAGCGCUGGCGGCAAGCUCGGCGGACUUUUCGGGCAACAGUGGGGUCUGGAAAGCGUCGAGGUGACCCAUCUCAACACCAAGCUGCGGCAGUUCUUCUACUACGACGACUGGAUCAACAGCAAUAAAAGAAGGGUGCAGCUUGUGCCGGGCAAAGCUGGCGGCAGCAACACGUACAAGGUCGUUGUCAAGACUUCGGACAUUCGGGGGGCGGGCACGGACGCCAAUGUGACCUUGGCCAUGUUCGGCAAGCUUGAAGACAAGCCCACUAGCAGUGGCACGCACAAGCUCGACAACUCCGCUAACAAUUUCGAGAGGGGCGCUUUGGAUACCUUCAUUAUCAAGGGCGCGGACCUGGGCGACCUGACACACAUCGUCGUCACAAGCGAUGGCAGCGGGCUGGGCGCUGCGUGGCACCUAUCCGAGGUGGAGGUGCUGGACACGGUGCGCAACCGCAUCACGGUGUUCCCCUGCGGCAAGUGGCUGGACCCUUCCGACAUGGCCUCUCUGCAGCAGACGCUGCUGCCCAGGGGUGUGGACGGAGCGCUGGGCAAUCUGCUGCAGUACGAGGUGACCAUUUACACUUCCGACAUCCGCGGCGCUGGCACAGACGACAACGUCAGCAUCGAGCUGCAUGGCGAUAAGGCCUCUACCAGCGCUAUGACGCUCGACACCUCCGCAAACAACUUCGAGCGGGGCAGCAAGGACAUCUUCAAGUUAUCGUUCGUGGACAUUGGCGAGCUGCAGCACGUGGUUGUCAAGAAGGAUAACCGGUCACUGGGCAUGGGCGGCGACUGGCACCUGCAGUCUGUGGAGGUGUUCCACCCCGGUCUGCAGAAGCGCUAUUUCAUGAUGUGCAACGACUGGUUAAAGGGCGCCUGCGAACGCAAACUGGAGCCGGGCAAGGUGCCCGCAAACGGCAUCUGCACCUACCGAGUGGUGGUCACCACCUCCGAUCUGCGCGGUGCGGGCACAGACGCGGACGUGACCAUGCAGCUGUUUGGCGACAAGGGCGACACGGGCGAGCGCAAGCUGGAUAACAGCACCAACAACUUUGAGCGGAAUAAGGUGGACACGUUCUUCAUCCAGGCGCCUGACGUGGGCAGCUUCCAGUCGCUGCGCAUCGGCCACAACAACUCGGGCUUCGGCUCCGCCUGGCACCUGGCCAAGGUGGAGGUCGUCAACACCAACACCGGUGAGCAGGCGGUCUUCCCCUACCACAACUGGAUUGACAAGGAGCACGGCCUCUCCCAGCUGCUCACACCGGACCGCGACGGCGACGGGAAGGGAGAUGCGCUGGUGGGGGGCCCUAUAGUGGAGUACACCAUCACCACGCACACCUCGGACAUCAGGGGUGCUGGCACGGACGCCAACGUAUUCAUCGAGAUGCACGGCGACAAGGGCGCCAUGGGGGAGACGCGCCUUGACAACGCCACCAACAACUUUGAGCGAGGGCGCUCUGAUACAUUCAAGAUCCGUGGCUCCGAUGUGGGCCACCUGCAGCGCAUCGUCAUCCGGCAUGACAACAGCGGCUUGGGGUCCGAUUGGCACUUGGAGCAAGUGGAGGUCACCAACCCCGCCACAAACAAGACCUAUUUCUUCCCCUGCAACGACUGGCUGCGGAAAGUCGGCAGCGACGAGAGCGGCCUGCGCAAGGAGCUGCUGGCAGGGCACCCUGACCAAAAAGGGCCCACCAACUACAAGGUGACCGUGUACACCUCGGACAUCCGCGGUGCGGGCACGGAUGCGGAUGUGUUCAUCACCAUAUACGGGCCAAAUGGCGACACGGGCGAGCGCAAGCUGGACAACAGCACCAACAACUUUGAGCGGAAUAAGGUGGACAAUUUUAUCAUUGCCAGCGGCAACAUUGGAGCCAUCCAGAAGAUCAAGAUCCGCAGCAGCGGCACGGGCAUGGGUUCUGCCUGGCACCUAAACAAGGUGGAGGUGCAGUCAACCGCCACGGGCGAGAAACUGGUGUUCCCCUUCGCCAAGUGGGUCGACGAGAAGAACGGCUUAGAACACGUAUUGUACCCCGACCGCGACGGGGAUGGCAUCCCCGACCCCACCGCCGACGCCGAUCUGGUCAAGUACCGCGUCACUGUAUAUACAUCUGACAUCAGGGGUGCUGGCACGGACGCCAACGUAUUCAUCGAGAUGCACGGCGACAAGGCCUUCGUAGGGAAGACUGCUCUGGACUCAAACGCAAACAACUUCGAGCGGGGCCGCAAGGACGAGUUCAUGGUGUCGGGAACCGACGUGGGGGAGCUUCAAAACAUCGUUAUUGGCCACGACAACACCGGCAUAGGCUCCUCAUGGCACCUGCAGCAGGUGGAGGUGUACCACCCGGUCCUGCAGAAGCUCUACGUGUUCCCAUGCAACGAAUGGCUUGAGGUCAGCAAGGUUACGGGCGCGGAGGGUUGCAAGCGCACGCUGGUGACUGGUGCGGGCGGGGCUGCGCCUGUCAGCUACCGGGUCAUCGUGAAGACAUCCGACCUGCGUGGCGCUGGUACAGAUUCGGACGUAUUCAUCACCAUCUACGGCCCCAAGGGUGACACGGGGGAACGGCCGCUGGAUAACAGCACCAAUAACUUCGAGCGCAACAAGACCGACACAUUCAUCCUGACCGGCCCCGAUGUGGACUUGGUUGAGUACCGCAUCACUACCUACACCUCCGACAUUAGGGGCGCUGGCACAGACGCCAACGUGUUCAUUGAACUGCAUGGCGACCAGGGCUCCGUGGGCCAGUCGCGGUUAGAGACUGCAGCCAACAACUUUGAGCGCGGCCAGGUAGACAACUUCGUGCUCAAGGCGACCAACGUCGGGGAGCUGCAGCGGAUUGUAAUCUGGCAUGACAACAGCGGCAUGGGAUCUGACUGGCAUCUGCAGCAGGUAGAGGUGUUCAGCGGGGCAACCCAGAAGUCGUACUUCUUCCCCUGCAAUGACUGGCUCCGGAAGAGCAAGGAGCAGGGCGAGAAGGGCUGCCGCAAGGAGCUGCUCUCAGGGGUGGCGGGCCAGUCCUUGAACACGUACAAGGUGGAGGUGCAGACCAGCAACGUACGUGGCGCAGGCACGGACUCCGACGUGAGCAUUAUUGUCUUUGGCACCAAUGGCGACACGGGGACUCGGGCGCUGGAGUCGUCUGCAAACGACUUCGAGCGCGGGCAGCUGGACACGUUCUUCUUCACGGCUCCCGACAUUGGCAAGCUCCAGAGCUGCCAGGUGACAUGCAGCGGCAGCGGCCUGGGGGCCGCCUGGCACUUGGCCCACAUUACGGUCACCAACACUGUGACCAGUGAGACGGCUCGAUUCCAGUACGGCGAUUGGCUGGACGACAAGAAGGGCUGGACGCGGGUGCUGUACGCCGACGGAGUCGCCAAGGCUGACAGCCAGGUGGAGUAUGAGGUGCACGUCUUCACAUCCAAUGUGCGAGGUGCUGGUACGGACGGUGAUGUCUACUUACAGCUCAAGGGCGUCAAAGGCGCGAUGGGGGAAACACGGCUCGAGAACUCGGCCAACAACUUUGAGCGGGACCGUGAGGAUGUGUUCAAGGUGUUGGGUUCUGAUAUUGGCAAGCUCACGGAGGUCAUUGUGCGACUGGUGGAGCGCGGUGUCGGAGCAGCUUGGCACCUGCAGCAGAUUGAGGUCCUGAACAAGAAGACCGGCGAGCGGGCUCUGUUCCGCUACAACGACUGGCUCAAGGGCGACAAGACCACGGUCACAAUACCGGAAUCAAGCUCUGACGCGGCAAAGCAGCUUGCCCCGGGCAAGGUCCGUUGGAAGGUCUCCACGCAAACCAGCGACAUCAUGUUCGCCGGUACAGACGCUAAGGUGUUCGUGCAAGUCCACGGGCCCAACGGCUUGCUCAACGGCGCGGAGAUCUCCCUAGACAACUCCAAGAACAACUUUGAGCGCAAUGCUCUCGACCAGUUCUUUUUCGAGUUCCCCGAGGACAAAGACUGUGGCACGCCCAUCAGCAAGUUGGUGGUGGAGAGGGGUAGCAGCUUGACGCCAGGAGCAGACUGGCACCUGGACUGGGUGGAGGUGAUUGAUAUGACCCGGGGACACACGUAUCGGUGGAAAUGCGGCGCUUGGUUCAACAGCAAGGAUGGCCUGAAGAAGGAGUGGACCCUGGAGAAGGCGAUAGCGGGCGAGGUGCAGCCCUUACAGCUCUUAGACGCGCCAUCAGGAGUUACUGGCACGCCAGGUGGUGGGGGCGACCGCUACCGUAUCGUGACUAUCACGGGCGGCGUCAUCGGCGCUGGUACGGAUGCCAAAGUUGGACUCCAGUUCGUUGAUGCCGCAGGCACGGCCUGGGUGCCUGUUUUCACGCAGACCAAGGCCAUGUUUGAACGCAACUCCCGCGACGAGUUUUUCGUGACUGCACCUAUAAAGCUGGGCGAGAUGGCGGCCUGCCGCGUGUGGAUUGAGAACCCGGGUCUCGGUGACAACUGGCACCUGGACCACGUGCUGCUGACCCACUUGCCGUCGCAGCGCGAGUGGCGCUUCGACUGCCGGGACUGGGUGCCCAAAGGCGCGGGUGCGGCUCAAGGCAAGCAGCUGCAGGCUGCAGUCGUCCGGGACGUCCCCCUGGAACCGGCACCUGUAGACCUUGCAGCCGCCAGUGGAGAUGUAUCCGCUGCCGUGCUGCAGGACCCAUCCUUGCCGGCGGCGCCGCCACCCAGGCCGCUCACCCGGUACGACUGCACCAUUGCCACGGGUAGUAAAUACGGUGCUGGUACAGAUGCGCUCGUCAGCAUCGAGCUGGUGGGCAGUCGCGGGUCUGCACGGCAUACUUUCGAUCAAAGUAAGAAGUUGUUCGAAAAUGGAAGCCGUGACCGUUUCGCUUUGACGCUGCCAGAUGUGGGAAACAUCGAGCAGGUCCGGUUGUGGCACGAUGGCUCCGGGUUCGGGGCGGACUGGUUUCCGGACAGCGUCAACAUAGAGAGCCCGGUGUCGGGUUGCAAGUGGGAGGCGACCUUUGGGGAGUGGAUCAAGGGAGGCGAGGGAAAUGCCCGCUCCAAACCGGCGCGCUUGGUAGCGGGCACGGCAAAGGACGCAGAGGCGUUGUACGAUCAAGCGGUCGUGGCUGCGGCGGCCAAGGCGGCCGAGCGGCGCGCGGUGGCGGAGCUGCAGCGUGUGGCGGCGGUGAAAGGCCCCCCAGCGGUGGGAGCCGGCCCCGGGCCAGACAUAGACGCAGGGGCGGCGGUGCCGCCACAGGUGGAUCGGCCUGCCAAGCGACCCGGUGAUGAAGGCAUUGCGAAGCAGGUACUGAAGCCGGAGGAGUUCACAAGGCUGCCACAGAUGCAGCCGGGCGAUAGCAAAUAUCGCUUCAGCAACGAAGUUCGCAGCAAUCCUGAGCCGGCACCACCUGCGUGGCAGAAACACGUUGCACCGUACACGGGGGAUCCAUCAUGCGUGGUCACGUACUACUACAAUCCACAGACAAAGCAAAGCACAUACGAGAAGCCAGCCGAGUACUUGGAAUGGGAGCGCAAGUACGACGCCUGGCUAGCGUCCGUACUCAAAUAG